AUCGCUGCUCCUUCCUUCCUGAGGACAACCAACAUGUCAGCGGCCAGAAAGCAUAAACGCGUGGCUGCCAGUCAGCCUGGCUUUUUAUCAUUUCAAAGUUCUGCAGACAACUCGGAAUUAGGUGCUGGUCGCAAGAAACGUGUUAACAAAAAUAAGAAAAAGAGCUGGAACAAACACAGUGACAUUCAAGAUGUCGAGGAGUUUUUGGAAGACGUGCGACUUCAGGAGAGGGCCACGGGAGGAUUGAUUGCAGACAAACCAGAUGAGAGCUUGUUCUUUCUGGACAUUGGGGAGACAAAGAAAAAGGAGAUUGUUCCUACAGGUGAGGAAGAGAAUAAGAGAAGGAAGAUCCAGCGACCCCUGAAGGUAGACCUCAUACUUCAGCCAAACUCCCACAUCCCGGCACCGAAAGAUAUCCUCGCCCACCAGCAGCCCAAUGCCAAGAAGCUGCGCCGCAAGGAGGAGCAGGCGGAGCACCUGGCAGCCAAAGGAGUGGUCUCUCGCAGGGAGAGGCUCCUGGGCCUUCGACGAGCCGCCUACGCAGCUGGAACGCCAGUCCGAGAGAAGCCUGUUGCCAACAACAACCCUGAGAGAGGCUACUAUGACCUGUGGGGAGAGCAACCCGUGGAGACAAGAGAUGGCUUUUACCUUGAACAGACCAAAAAGAAGCUGGUUAAGCGACCAGAGAAACUGAAUGAAAAGCCGUCAGAACUUCCAGCCAUUGAGGUCAUUGCUCCCGGAGGCUCCUACAACCCCGACUUCUUCUCUCAUCAGGCCUUGUUGCAAGAAGCCCAUGACGUAGAGGUGAAGAAGGUGAAGGCAGAGGACCGCUUGGAAAAGCAGCUUGCUGUGAAUCGUCAGGACUUGGCCACUGAGGAGGACACAUUUAAGGAGCAAAUUCAAGGGCUCCUUGAGGAGGAGGAGGGUGAGGAGGAAGAGAAGGAUGUGACUGGGGAGACGGCUGAAGACGAGGAAGACACCGGCGUGGUCCCCAGUGCACAGCAGGAGAAGAAGACGGAGAAACAGAGGAGGAAGGAGAAGGCUGACAAAAUAAAGGAGCAAGAGAGGAUGACUGCGCGGGUGGUGACGGGCAAGCGGCAGCAGCUCUUCCAGCUGCGCUCCAUCAAACUGGAGCUGAAGAAGAGGGAGACACGCACCCACCUCAGACAGAGCCAGCGCAAGAUCAACCAGCUGGCCGAGAAGACCCAGCCACGCCGCCUAGGACGCCUCAAGUUCCAGACUCCUGAUCUUGAGGUGCAGUUGAGUGAUGAGUUAGCCGGAUCCCUGCGUAGACUCAAGCCAGAGGGCAACCUACUCAAGGACCGCUUCAAGAGCUUUCAGAAGAGAAACAUGAUUGAGCCCAGAGAAAGAGCCAAGUUCAAGAGAAGAUACAAGCUCAAGUAUAGUGAAAAGAGGGCUUUCAAGGCUGUUACAUAAAGACUGGUGCCCGUGAACACAGCCAAGAGAUGGAGAUCUCUGAUGAGCGGCUGGAGCUCCAUCUGGAGCCCUGGGUGGCCACGCCAAGAACCCGAAAUUAAAACACAGUCCAUCCUUAAUCAGCAAGUGUGUUGCCUUAUGCUAUUGUGGCCAUUAGACGGCUUCACCUCAAGGACCCUUUUCCUUGUUUCCAUGACCCAAGUCACUUGUCUUCAGUGAAGAAGCAUAGGAGCCUUAGCAUCAGGUUAGGCAGACAUGGUUCUCUUAUUGUGGCAGGCAGGAGGUCUGGAUCUGGAGACUAAAUGACCUCAGAUGACCUGGUGUCUGCAAACAUAUGAUGCUGCUGUUUUCUUACUUUUUCACUACAAAACUGCAGAUCACUGUUCAUGUGUCCCUGCCAGUGUCCCCCUGCCAAAACAACAGGCUUAAUGGCCCAGUCAAAAUUGUUUGCCAGGACACUGAAGGUGAUUAAAGACCCAUAUUAAGUAAAGAUUUUGUGUGUCUAAAUAAAGAAAUGUUGAAUCUAAAAAGUGUAAUAAAAUGAUUUGACCUUU